AUGCAUCAUUUAGAGGAGGUGGUGUUUGCCUGCGGUUGUGAGAUCCGCUGGCUGCAGCUAUGGCAACAGAGGGGAGAGGCGGGACUAAGCAGUCAACAGUUAUACUGUGCUGAUGACUACAGGAAGAUAAUGCUGCAGGAUAUGAACAUUAGCAGUUGUGACCUACCAGAUAUCAGCGUCAGCCACAGCAACCUCACAGUUGUCGAGGGUGAUCGAGUAACGGCAAUAUGUAAUGGCUCUGGAUCCCCAUUACCUGAGGUGGACUGGCCUGUCAACGGCUUGCACUCCAUCAAUGCACAAGAGGCCAGAGUCUACGACAACAACACUAUUCAUUCCAUUAACAUAACUUUGGUCAAUGUGAGCAGAGACGACAACAACUUCUUGCUAACCUGCACCGCCACCAACAUUGUGGGCAUGACCAACGCUUCCGUCCAGCUAACUGUUCACUUUCCUCCCUCCAUCGUGAAACUGAAGGAGCCAGAACGGCGGCAUGACACAUGCAUUGAGUUCACUGUUCGAGGUUCACCCCACCCGAUCUUACGGUGGUUCUACAAAGAUAAGGAAAUUACCCACACUGAGUAUGUUCGUCCUGAUAUGGAUAUUUAUCAGGACUACAUAGAGGGCUGUCUAACCUUUAAAAACCCAACACACCACAACAAUGGCAACUACACUUUGGAAGCCACCAACUACCUAGGUGUUGCCACCACUACUGUGUACGGGCACUUUCUCGACAAGCCCUUCGAUGGUCCAGAAACAGAUUAUGAUUAUGUAACCCCGACUGCAGAGACUCACAGACCUGAGGAGGAUACUUUUGGGGUCUCAAUAGCAGUAGGCCUGGCAGGGUUUGCCUGUGUGAUGCUGGUGGUUCUCUUCCUUCUCAUCAACAAGUAUGGACGACGCUCCAAGUUUGGCAUGAAAGGAAUGGACAUAUUAAGAGCUCAUGGGCCAGACGCCAUGAUCCUGGUGGAUGGACAGCCUCUGCAGACCAAUGGGGAGCUGGGUCUGUCCCAGAUGCUUCACAUAGCUAGUCAGAUUGCAGCUGGGAUGAUCUACUUGGCGUCUCAACACUUUGUGCACCGUGAUCUGGCAACCAGGAACUGCCUGGUGGGGAAUGGCCUUCUGGUGAAAAUAGGAGACUUUGGCAUGUCCAGAGACAUUUACAGCACAGAUUAUUACAGGGUGGGAGGUCACACCAUGCUGCCUAUCCGCUGGAUGCCCCCAGAGAGCAUCAUGUACAGGAAGUUCACUACAGAGAGUGACGUGUGGAGCUUCGGAGUCAUUCUGUGGGAGAUCUUCACUUACGGCAAACAGCCGUGGUUCCAGCUCGCCAAUAAUGAGGUGAUAGAGUGCAUUACUCAGGGCAGGGUACUGGAGCGCCCCAGGCUCUGUCCCAAGGAAGUCUACGAUAUUAUGCUGGGCUGCUGGCAGAGGGAGCCACAACAGCGUCUCAACAUUAAGGACAUUCAGAAGAUGCUGUUUACACUGAUGAAAGCCACACCAGUCUAUCUGGACAUACUGGGAUAGAAAUGGAUAUGAGUAGAAAAGAAUGGGAUCAUCACUGGAGUAGAAAUUAGUUCAUUGAAUCAGAAGGAAAUGGAUUGCCUUGGAAAGGAUGUCUGGCCUGGGCUCACAGCAUAGUCUGUGAUGGAACCAUGUGAAUGUGGAUUAGGAAUGGACCGUAGCUUGCAUCUAACUGCCUGACAUAAUUACAUUGAAAUGAACUAACUAAAGUGGAGUGAUGCGUGUUUAACUGGAUUGGAAUGAACUGGAUUACAUUACACUGUAUCACAUUAUAAAUGUCUUGGACCUUACCUAAAUGGCCAGUUUUGCUCCUUUUUGAUGAACUCAUGACCAAAAAGACUUGGCUCUGAACUAUGGACUGCGUCAAACUGGACUGAACUGGAUGAACCUGAUUGUUCUGGUUUGGUAUGGUUUAGGUUUCUUAAUAAUUUAGGUACUAUCAUUUCCUAGCCUAUGCAUCCUCACUUCACCCUGUCUAAAUCAGUGCAGCCUUGGUUCUAUCCAAGUCUUGAUGAAGCUUGACCUAGUUUGGUAGAGUCUGACUCGGCUUGACUAUAUUUAAAAUAGCCUGUCCUAGAUUAUAUUUUACUUGUCUUGGGCUUGCCAUUAUAAGUGUUUAUGGCAAACGUUCAAGAACAUCUUCAUCAUUAUGAUGACUCCCUACAGUUUUGAAUACUACACAUCUUAAUUAAAUCUGUUUGGGUUAAAAUUCUAAUUAUAUUAAUGACCUACUUGACAGUUGUCUGCUUCUGAUGGAGGUUUUCAUUCCAAAGUCAAGAUCAUUAUCUUUGAUUGGUGGUUCUUAAUAAAACCAGAGAGGAUGCGUACUGCUGCAUCAUUUCAUUGUGGAACCUCUGUUGGCAAGACUACAGCUGAAAGUAGCAGUAUUCUUGUGGCUCCAACCAAGACAGCAAUCUAUAUAAUCUAAAAAUAGCCAGGCAGUUCUGGUUAAAUGUUAAGGGAAUGCACUGUUCCCGUGAACAUCUCUAGGACAGGUUUCAUUUUUCGACACUGUUCAUUGAAACAUAGAGGAAGUGGGUCAACAAGAAAAGACAGCUUGCAUAAAUCAAACAUGUCAUGUGCAGCAGCCACUGUGUUUCUAAGUGCUAGUCCAAAGUCAGCACGCUUAACGUUUUCAUCUGCAAAAGCUUCAUAGCUACACCUUCUAUUCCUGGUCUCAUGUUAGCCCACUGAGCUGUUCACAUCUGCAAGAACCUAACCAGACCUUCCAAACCUGAGCCUGGAAGUGUGGCCUGGUGACUGUCUGUCACCACUGAGAUGGACCUAAGUGCCUCCUACUUCUUUCUAAACACUGGGAAGUCAAAAAAAUAGUCUUUCAAAAUAAGAGCACUUUUACAUUUUGUUUACCUGCUUAAAAAAUGUACGCUAGCUGUAAACUUUCCUCAUUUUUCUUAUAAACAACCCUACUUUCAGCACUCUAUGUAUGGCAAAAAAAACAAA